AUGGCAACUGAAGGGCCCUGCGCCAGCCCGACCCUGGCCCCCGAGGAGCCUCCUGCCAGGCUCCCCCGAGGAGCCUCCCUGGCCACCAAGAAGUCUCUGGCCAAAGAGGAGGAGGAGGAGGAUUUGUCCCCCAUCACGGUGAUCCAGCAGCACCUCCAGGGCGGAGCUGAGCUGGUGGCGGACAGGGCCGAACAGCUCUGCUUCCUCCACGCUGUGCCGCGUCUCUGCUUCUCGGCACAGAAGCAGGGGCGGGACACCCUGGAGCCCCCGGUCUCCAAAGCGGCCCUCGUGGAGAGCAUUGUGGAGCUGAUUGAAAAUCUCCCUGGUCCGUCAGAGCCAAGCUCCAUCAUGCCCAGCUCCAUGGCCGCAGUUUGCAGCCUCAGCAAACUGAAGCCACCGCUCGCCCUGGAGCUAGAAUCUCACCUCCUGCGGGCUCUUCUGAACAGGAUGUGCACCCUGGGCACUGGGCAGGACACCACACACUUCCGGGCUCUGCACAACAACUAUUCUCAGAGCCUGGACAUCCUGCUCAGGGGCCUGCUGACGGAGACCCCAACCAUGGAGAAGCUGCAGCACCUCCUGGAGCACAUCCAUCACUCUCUCCUGUCAAAUAACACCCAGGAGAGAGCCAGGGCCGUACAGACCAGCGCGGCCCUGCUCCAGUUUGCCACCUCCCUGUCUGGAUUUGACAGCUCCUCCACUUCUCCAAGGCAGGCGAAUUUGUGCUGCAGCUGGGUCUCUGGAUAUCCCACCCAGCCAGUGACAUCAGCCAGCAAGCCAGGGGUGGGAUCUAUUGGCUUUACUGGCUCCUGCUUCAGAAGAGGGGGCUCAACACCAGAGAGGCACCAGACCUGUGGUGCCGGGACGGGCUCCAUGACCCCGAGCGCCUGGGGUAUAGAAACCUGGCCAGGGUGGGAGAGGUCUUCGGAGAAAUAUUCACCGGAGACCAGAAGAGCAGUUUCCUCCAGGCGGGCCUGCUGGCCAUCCACCACCCCCUCCUCCAUGUCAGCCAGGCUGGCCUGGUGCUGACCUAUUCCAUCUUGGGGGAAGCCGGCCAGCUGCUAGACGAUGAGGGGGAGAUUACAGCCAACAUCCUAGUGCAACUAUUUAACAUCAGGGUCUUCGGCCAGGUGCCCGACGCACUGCAGGGGCUGUGCUCCGUGGGGCAGCCUUGAAGAACGCCCCCCUCUUCGCAUGACCAGCUCCCACCCCCUGCCGCAGGAUUCCAGCCGGCUGUUCCAAUCCAGGAGGAAAACUGCCACCGAAGUCUC